AUGCACCCGUUCACUGGCACACUCCUUGGCCUUGCUGACAGCAGGCCGUCAACCGCUCUCGUUGUUGGGAAUCAUUCCCAGGAGACGGAUAAGGUUGUCGGUAACGCCACAGCGGGAAACAUCCACGGAUUUGUGGACGAUAGGUACGCAGACGUUCGCCAGCCCCUGCGUGUGCCCUUAACCCAGCCUCCUGCAGGCAAUAUGCGAUGGCGGUCGCCCAAGGCUAUUGAGGUCAAGGCCCCAUGA